UCGAGCCGCCGCCGCUCGCCCGCCGCCCGCCGCCCUUGCGCCGCCUCGCCACGGUCGGGAGCGCCGUGCGCCUGCCGCCUCCCUGUCUCCGUGAGGGGGAAGGACCGGCCCCGCUGCAGGAGGGGAGCACCGGCGGCCCUGCUGCGCCCCUGCGCCUGCUCCGCUCCGCCGGCGCCCCGUCCCUCCGCGAGCGAGCGAGCGGGCGAGGCGAGCGGCAGCUCCCCGAGGCGGCGCCGGCGCCGGACCCUCCUGUCCUGCUGCCCACCCGGUCCUGCUGCUCAUCAUGUCGGCGGGCGGCGACUUCGGCAACCCGCUGCGGAAAUUCAAGCUGGUCUUCCUCGGGGAGCAAAGCGUGGGGAAGACUUCUUUGAUCACCAGAUUUAUGUAUGACAGCUUUGACAACACCUACCAGGCAACAAUUGGCAUUGACUUCUUAUCCAAAACCAUGUACUUGGAAGAUCGCACAAUCAGGUUGCAGCUGUGGGAUACUGCGGGUCAGGAACGUUUCCGUAGCCUCAUUCCCAGUUACAUCCGUGACUCUGCUGCCGCUGUAGUAGUUUACGAUAUCACAAAUGUAAACUCAUUCCAGCAAACCACAAAGUGGAUUGAUGAUGUCAGAACGGAAAGAGGUAGUGAUGUCAUCAUAAUGCUAGUUGGAAACAAAACAGAUCUAGCAGAUAAGAGGCAAGUCUCUAUCGAGGAAGGCGAGAGGAAAGCCAAAGAGCUGAAUGUAAUGUUUAUUGAAACUAGCGCAAAGGCAGGGUACAACGUAAAACAGCUUUUCCGACGUGUGGCUGCUGCCUUGCCUGGCAUGGAAAGCACACAGGACAAAAGCAGAGAAGACAUGAUUGACAUCAAACUUGAAAAGCCUCAAGAGCAGCCAGUCAGCGAAGGGGGCUGUUCGUGCUAAUAGCGCGUGGCUUUCCUCUUCCCUUUCUCCAGACCGUCACCGCUUCUUCCGACCUCCCUCCCUCCCCUUCCCUCCCUGACUCAUUGACAGCAGUGUAACUUAUCGGCUUGUUCCUCUUCCCACCCCGUCCGUAACGUAGCACGGUUCAUCAUGGCUGCCUGUUUCGUGAAGAUGAUCUGUUAGCUUCACAAGCACAAAAGAAAGUCGGUGUCUUCGUUAUUUAUAAGGAAAUUUUAAAAAGAGCCAAAACAAUCCUAGCAUGUUCCAAUCAUUCUUAAAGAAACAACCAGAAAGAGAGGUACAUAUUUGCUUUUUAAAAAUACUACAAUAUUGCACUUUUUGAAAUAUUGGAAAUGGGGGUGAAAAUGUUUGGAUUUGAUAGAAAGGGAUGUGCAGGGUAGAAAUCGCCAGUGCCGAAGGCCAAGUGGUGCGGGAUGGCCGUGAGACUUCCGCCUGUCCUUUUGCAAAACCAAAAAAGCCCGCUUUGCCUUUUCAGCCAAGAUCCUCUGACCGAUUUUCUAAACGGCAUUUUAGAAAUGCAAAGUUGGCUAUUGCAUUUUAAUUGUUUAUUUCCAGUCGUUUAUGGUAUGGCCAAACAGCUUCUGGGCACCUGUUAAUAAGAUGCUUUCUGUGGCAGGGAAGAGUUGCGCUCAUCCAUUCUGCAGAGUGAGGAAACCUCCUUUUCUUCCAUGCAGUAGCCCUGUAGAACAAACAAGCUCUCCCUCAGUGCACCUUUUGGCAGUUGCUGUUGGGAAACUCUAAGUGGCCUCUGGCAUUAAAGACUAUUUACUUAAGCUGAGCCACUUUCCAGAAGGAGGUUCACAAGCUAGCAAACUUUUAAAAAUCCAGUAAUUAGGAGGAAGAAGGGACAGAGCAGAAGAAGCUAUUCUUGAAUUUCAGUUGAAUUGAGGAAGGAGGCGUUUACUUGUAAAAGUAGAUUUUAAAAGUCCUGGAGAUGAUGAAGGAAGGGAACAUAAGAUGGAAACAAAACUUAAAAUUAUGCAGAUUUUUGCCUUUCUUUUCAGCAUUUUUUAUGUUGGGUCUUCAUGAGUUCUGUGUACUGGUUGUUUAGUAUUACGUUUAACUGAACUACAAUUAACUAUGGUUUCUUUCGAUAUUUAUUUCUUUGCUUUGUUAUUUUUUUUUACUGUGUUGGGUUUUUAUUUGUAUCUUUUGAGGAAUUCUGUUAAUCCAUUUAGAGUUCCAGUGAUGUCACAAGGUGUAGCUAUCCAAGGAACAGGCUGAGACAGGGGCACACCCAUUCACACACGUACUCUAGAAGGUGCACUCUCUAAAUCUGUACUAGUCAUUGUGAAGUUGCUGUGUCAGUUAAUGCAACUGUAAAUACAUUGUUUGCAGGAAGAGCAUUUGCAGCUGGGGAGGGGUACAACACGGGAAAGCCUUCAUGCGUCUCCCCUGUCCAAGCGAUAGUUUAAAAUGGAGGGGUGGGGGAGUGCUUACCUACGCACCCCCCUCCAUUUUGGGGGAACGGCUCCUCCCCAUUCAUCCCAGCUUUGGAUGUGUACAUGUGAGGUCUCUCUUUCCCUGCAUUGUGCAAUUGGAAUAGCAAAAUGCAUUACUUUAACCUGAGUUUCCAAUAACUUUGCAUAUACCAGUAAUGUCAUGUUAAAGGGCAGACUAAGACAUACAAAUGCUUUAAUGCAAUAUUGAAGAGGUGGCUUUUUCUUUUCCUUUUCCUUUUUCCUUUUUUCUUUUGGAAUUAGCAUGUCUAGAAAUAAGUGUUUUAAGUAUGGCAACAGAUGAUGAUCUUACCCUGAAAAGAAACUAAAGGAGACCAAGCUACUUCUCCUGUAUUGUUGUAUUCUACGUGUGCAAAAAUGAGAAAGUGAUCCAUCUUGCUGCUUUUUAAUAUUGAGUUUUCCGUGUCUUGGGUUAUUAAGCAAUGAAACGUGUACACGGGUUGGAUUUUUUAAACAUGCACAGAAUUUUUUGCUUCCAAUAAAGUAUCUAAUCAAAACACUAA